GUUUUAUGUGUUGAUUUACUAUGAGUUUAAUUGGAAAAUGAUGAGGAAUAAUUCUGUGACACUUAUAAGAGCUUCGCUUUUCCAAGUUGGUGAUAAAAUACAGUAGUCGGGCGACACGCCGGUCGCCGCGUGACUCGCCGGGUCAACUUGAACUGUCAGGACGCGGUCGUGGCUGGUGCCUUGUGUGUUAUAUUUGCUUGUGUGUAUGUAUGUUGAUGUAUGUAUGUAUGUAUGUAUUACCAUCACGGACAAUCCACACCGGGCGUGGCGAUUACAGUCCACAUCAAGCCUUGCAUCAACAGCCUUACAGCCUUACAUCAACAUUGCAGGUUGAUCAUGAGCAUGAUGGGGGCAGCACGUGCAGCGGGCAUUCUGGCGGCGGUGGUAGCAGCGCUGGUGCUGCCACCUGCCGUGCUCGGCCUCGACAACGGCCUGGCACUGACGCCGCCCAUGGGAUGGCUGGCCUGGGAGCGCUUCCGAUGCAACACAGACUGCAUCAACGACCCCAAAAACUGCAUCAGUGAGAACCUGUUCUUUGAGAUGGCUGACCGUCUGGUGGCUGACGGCUACCUGGCUGCCGGCUACGAGUACAUCAACAUCGACGACUGCUGGUCGUCCCGCACCCGUGGCGACGACGGACGGCUGCGUGCCGACCCCGAGCGCUUCCCCAGCGGCAUCAAGGCGAUCGCCGACUAUGUUCACUCCAAGGGUCUGAAGCUGGGCAUUUACGGCGACUACGGCAACUACACGUGCGCCGGCUACCCGGGCAGCUUGGGACACCUGCAGACGGACGCGCAGACGUUCGCCGAGUGGAACGUCGACUUCGUCAAGUUCGACGGCUGCUACGCCCACCCCAAGGACAUGGAUAAGGGGUACCCGGAGUUUGGGUUCCACCUGAACCAGACCGGUCGCCAGAUGGUCUACUCGUGCUCCUGGCCCGUCUACCAGAUCUUCAGCGGAAUGACGCCCGACUACGCGUCGAUCGCCAAGCACUGCAACCUGUGGCGGAACUACGACGACAUCCAGGACUCGUGGGCGUCGGUGACGACCAUCAUCGACUACUAUGGGGACAAUCAGGACGUCCUGAUCCCGCUGGCCGGGCCCGGACACUGGAACGAUCCCGACAUGCUCAUCAUCGGUAACUUCGGUCUCAGCUACGAGCAGAGUAAGGCGCAGAUGGCGCUCUGGGUGGUGAUGGCGUCGCCGCUGCUCAGCUCAGUCGACCUGCGCACCAUCGGACCCGAGUACCGGGCCAUUCUGCAGAACCGCGCCGCCAUUGCCAUCAGCCAGGACCCGCUCGGCAUCCAGGGCAAGCGCAUCUUCAAGGACAAGGGUAUUGAGAUCUGGGCGCGUCCGAUCACACCCGUGGUCGGCGAGUACUAUUCAUACGCCAUUGUGUUCUUCAACCGGCGUGUGGACGGCACUCCGAGUCAGGUGUCGGUCACCAUACACGAGCUGGGCAUGCUAAACGCCGCUGGAUACAGGACAGAGGACGUGUUUGCCGGCCAGUCGUACGGCGUGCUGUACCCGGCCGACCGUCUGAAGGUGGAUGUCAACCCGUCCGGCGUGGUACUGGUGCGCUGCAGCGCGGUACCGGCGCGCGCGUUCGGCCGGCCGCCGCAGCAGCAACUCCAGAGAGGCGGACGGCCCUUCUUCACCACGACUCGCCCCAGGUUCUUCUGAGAUUUUCAACGUAAGAAGAGAUUAUGAGGUGCUAGCGCUCUCCGUGUCGAGACCUCGGCUACGGUCUCGUCGCCGGGCUGUCCACCAGACGUGGUCUGCCGACCCGCGCUGUCUACCAGUCGUGAGACCGACCCGUGCCUUACAACGGUACCGACCCCCUGGCCUGUGUGUGGCGUUCCCCGGCCCGCCGGACUGAGUCGGCAGAGCGCGCUGGGGACUGAUAGUUGGUGCUGCCUCGCGGGGCUUGUCCGGUCUCCCACAGGUUGGAGCUGCAGGCUGCCAUGCCGUCAUUCAUGUGCAUCGUCUACUUAAUCAUUGUUCGAUUCUCCAUUGCGUGAUGUGAGCGGUGCCUUGCACGUAUUCAGAUAGUGUUGUGACGCGGUGUGAGUGUGAAAUGCUACGGAUAGUCUUAUACGGGAGGGAAUAUGAAUUGAUGUGACGCUUUUGUAGGUAAUUGAAUUCAGAUCUGGAGAUUACAUUGCUCAUUCCAUUGCUGAUAGCACGUGAGCAUGCGUUGGUGAACUUUAUCACGUGUGUUGAGUGGAAUUGUACCAACAUUCCGGUAUAUUUGUCGACUGCUGACCCGUGUGAACUAGCGCUGGACAGGCAGGCUGUUGUGUACUGUGUCGUGGCUUAGCAAUACACUAGUGGCUGACACA